AUGGCGCAAACCGUCGCAGUCCCCGGCCAGCUCCUCGGCCCCUCGAACAAAUACGUCGCGGGCGCCGGCACGCACACCCACAACUCGAAUCUCUACUCUUCGCUGCUGGGCUCCAUCACCAUCGAACACUCGAAAGCGUCAGGUCCCGCCAAGCGACUCAACAGACUCACAGCCCCGGCACCAAGCUCCCUCCCCACAAUCAGCGUCUCCCGAUCCGGCAUAUCAGAAAAGCGUGAGGUGCUCCCAGAGGUGGGAAAUGUGGUGCUGUGUCGCGUGACGCGGAUACAGCCGCGCCAGGCGACGGUUGCAAUCCUUGUGGUUGGGGAGACGGUGCUGGUGGCCGAGUGGCAGGGAGUCAUACGCGUGCAGGAUGUCAGAGCGACCGAGAAGGAUCGCGUCAAGAUUUACGAGAGUUUCAGGCCUGGCGACAUUGUUAGAGCAGAAGUAAUAUCACUGGGUGACCAGGCCAACUACUACCUAUCGACGGCGAGUAACGAGCUGGGUGUCAUUAUGGCAACGAGCGAGGCUGGGAACACCAUGUAUCCGGUCAGCUGGAAGGAUAUGAAAGAUCCGGAGACUGACGUCAGCGAGAGUCGCAAGGUCGCGAAGCCAUUCUGA